UCACAAUUACCUUUCCUGAUUUCCGCUUCCAUUUCCUUGCUACGCUGCGAGGAAACGGGGCAGAGAGCAGAAGCACUCCCAGCUGCACCGACCUCUGCCCACUUCUACGUGGUGCUGAACUUUAGCCAGCUGAUUAAUAGGACAACAACUGUUCUUCCUUGGCUUCCAGUAGCUUCUACCCUGAAGAUGUCUUCCGAGGGAACCGAGCCCGGAGCCAAUGUCCCAGCCUCUGAGGAGCCAGUACAGCAGAGUGUAGUCAACAGGGUGGUCAGUAUUCCGCUCGUCAGUUCCACCUGUGACAUGGUCUCUGCAGCUUAUACUUCCACCAAGGAAAAUCACCCUUACGUCAAGUCUGUGUGUGACCUUGCCGAGCAAGGGGCAAAGACUCUGGCCGCUGCUGCUGUCAGCGGGGCCCAGCCGUUGCUGUCCAAACUGGAGCCUCAGAUUGCCACAGCCAGUGAGUACGCACACAAAGGACUGAACAGACUGGAAGAGAGUCUGCCGAUUCUUCAGCAGCCAAGUGAGAAGGUUAUUGCUGAUACCAAGGAACUCGUAUCUUCCAAAGUGACUGGUGCCAAAGAUGCAGUCUCUAGUUCGGUUUUGGGUGCCAAGGAUGCAGUCUCCAGCACAGUCUUGGGUGCCAAGGAUGCUAUGGCCAAUAGAGUGACCGAGGCUAUGGAUAUGACCCGAGGAGCUGUCCAGAGUGGGGUAGACAUGACCAAAUCCAUGGUGACCAGCAGCGUCAACACAGUUAUGGGUACCAAAGUAGGACAGAUGGUCCUUAGUGGAAUGGAUACUGUGUUAGGAAAAUCUGAAGAAUGGGUUGAUAACUAUCUCCCUAUGACAGAUGAAGAGCUUGCUAAGAUUUCUACCUCCCUAGAAGGAUUUGACGUGGCCUCCGUCCAACAGCAGAAGGAACAGCAGGGUUACUUUGUUCGCCUGGGCUCCCUGUCCUCUAAGCUCCACCAACGAGCCUACCAACACUCCUUGGGUAAACUGAGGCAGACCAAGCAGAAUACCCAAGAGGCCCUCCUACAGCUCUCUCAGGCCAUCAGCUUGAUUGAAAAUGUAAAGCAGGGUGGUGUUCAGAAAUUGCUUGAUGGUCAAGAUAAACUUCACCAGAUGUGGCUAAACUGGAGCCAGAAAGAAGUGAAGGAUGCUAGCAAUGCUGCCAAGCCUGAGCAGGUUGAGUCUCAUACCCUCACCAUGUUCCGGGACGUCACCCAGCAGCUUCAGAAUAACUGCUUACAGCUUGUAUCCAGCAUCCAAGGCCUUCCUAGCAACAUUCAGGACAAAGUACAGCAGGCUCGCACCCAGGUCGAAGAACUCCAGGCCACCUUUUCAGGAGCCCAGUCCUUCCAGGACCUCUCCAGUAGCGUCCUGACUCAGAGUAGAGAGCGGGUCAACAAGGCCCGAGAGUCCCUGGAUGAGAUGAUUGAAUACGUCGCCCAGAACCCUCCCCUCACGUGGCUCGUGGGACCCUUUUUUCCAUCUGGCCAGACCUCUACUGAGGCAGAGAAAACACCAGAGAAAAUGGAGACCAACUAGAAUCCCAAGUCAUGACACAGCCAGGGGUUAAUAGGAUCUUAACCCAAUUUCUGAGAUUCUUUAUCAGAAAGCUAGACUUGUCUUUAAUACCUAACUCUUGGCAAGUGGGGUCAUAAUUCUUCCUGAUAAUUCUCUCAGCUUAAAGAAACCAGCUGGCCAGAGUUGCUCUGAAACCUAUAGGAGCUCAGCCUGAUCUUGAUUCUAGUUUAUUAGGUGAUAGGGGAAAUGGACCUUUUCCUCACAGGGUCAGGAUUUAAACAGAGAGAAGGACUUUAGCCUUUCUAGACAUAUUUAUCCCUGAGUAACCUCAAUGUGUUUGAACUCAAAUAAAAAACCCAUGUUUGUCUUUUUAUGAAUUCUUCCCUACUUCUCAUAGAAAUUACACUUUGAUAACUGAACCAGGGGACAUAGAGGGAAUAGGAUCGUAAUAACCCUUCCCUAGUGAUAGUAGGUAAGCUCCCUAUUUUUUGGGUGGAGAGGAAGUGGGAGACAUAACACUGUUUUUUCUGCCAGCCCCUCUUGCAACCAGUGUUAUAGAUAACUGUUUUUUGUACCAAGCUCUGUUGGCUUUAAUAAAUUUCACCUGUAGUUAACAAUGUGUGUUUUUGGAGAGAGAACCGUGUUACGUUCAAAUAAAUGGCAUCCAGGACAA